AUGGAAAAUGCAUCUCAUGAAAAUGACAUUACCCUUACAGCACUCCAGGUCAUAGGAAGCAAUAAGCACAUAUACUUCUUUGUUGCAUUAAUAUCAUAUUUGUUAAUCAUUAUGUUUAAUUGUUCAGUAAUAUUUCUAAUUUUUGUGGAAAAAAACUUGCAUGAGCCCAUGUAUAUUUUCCUCUGCAAUUUACUCUUUUGUGAGCUCAUUGGAGCUUCAAGUUUUUAUAUUAAAUUUAUGUUUGACCUUAAAACUAACAAUCAGGUGAUUUCUCUUUCUGCUUGUCUCACUCAAGUUUUUUUUAUUUAUGUUUAUGUUUCAGCUGAAAUAUCAAUUUUGACAGUCAUGGCACAUGACAGAUACGUUGCAAUAAAUUUCCCUUUACAUUAUAUCACUAUCAUUUCAACCAGAAAAGCACAAAUGUUAAUUUCUGUUGCCUGGGUGUACUCAAUAUCUGUGAUAAUUAUGGGAGUCAUUUUAGCUGCUCGCCUUCCUUUAUGUGGCAAUCAGAUUGACACGGUGUACUGCAGCAAUUGGGAAAUUGUUAAGCUGUCAUGUGUAGAAACUAAUUCCAAUAGUGUUUAUGGAUUACUGGUAAUUUGUUCAUUUGUUAUACCUUUCAUUUUCAUUCUCUAUUCCUACAUUAAAAUUCUCAGUGUAUGUAGACUUAAUUUAAGGAGGGCAUUAAAUGCCUUGACUUUGAUUGCUUCUAUAGAAUUUUUAACUCUUCCCCCUCUUCUAAAUCCAUUAGUGUAUGGUAUCAUCUUACCUGAGAUACGGAAAAGAGUUAUUUACAUGAUUUUCUGUAAAAGGAAACAAGUAAGAGUUAGAUGAUGUGGUUUAUUAUAAAUGAAAAGUGGAAAUGAUGAUCUAACAAAAAUAGUUUAGUUUUAGUAGAAAUACAUAAAAUCAUAAAAAUCAGUUCUGAAUAAUUAUUACAAACAUCUGUUGAUUUUCUUGCCAGCUUAUCCAUUUUGGGGUUGUGGGGAUCCAGUGACUACUUUGUGAGCACGGGGUACAAAGUGGGAUCAAGCCCUGGAUGAACCACCAGCCCACUCACUCACUAUAUCCCAUCAUUGACAUCACUGGAGUUGUUCUUCCCAUUUGAGAAGUAACUUAUAGAAAAGAGUUACACAGUCUGUCAGACAUUAAUCCACAAUAAAUGGAGAGCAAUUGAUUGAUAUACAGCAACAGGUAUUAGAAAAUAUUUGAUAAAAAAAGAGAGGGUUUCUAAUUUUC